AUGCGUUUGGUGAUUUCUUGCAUUUUCUUCGCUUUCAUAAAUAAAAGUGUGAAACUUUUAGAAGCAAACCCUGAUGUGAAGCGUUUAUACGAUGACUUACUUAGCAACUACAAUAGACUGAUUCGCCCUGUGACUAAUGUGAGCGAUAUUCUUACUGUUAGAUUGGGCUUAAAGUUAUCACAACUGAUGGAAGUUAAUCUGAAGAAUCAGGUCAUGACUACGAACCUUUGGGUGGAACAGAAAUGGUUUGACUACAAACUGACUUGGAACCCCGAUGACUAUGGCGGUGUGGAGAUGCUGUACGUACCGUCGGAGCACAUCUGGCUACCAGAUAUAGUGCUUUAUAAUAACUGGGAUGGAAACUAUGAAGUGACCCUGAUGACAAAAGCUACAUUAAAGUAUACCGGUGAGGUUAAUUGGAAGCCCCCCGCCAUUUACAAAUCGUCAUGCGAGAUCAACGUCGAGUACUUCCCUUUUGAUGAACAAACUUGUUUCAUGAAGUUCGGCUCUUGGACUUACAAUGGCGCACAGGUUGAUCUAAAACACAUGGACCAAUCGCCCGGCAGUAGCUUGGUCCAUGUUGGCAUCGACCUCAGCGAAUUCUACCUGUCUGUAGAAUGGGAUAUACUCGAGGUACCCGCCACCAGAAACGAGGAGUAUUACCCCUGUUGUCAAGAGCCGUUUUCAGACAUAACCUUCAAACUGACGAUGCGCCGCAAGACUCUAUUCUAUACGGUGAAUCUUAUAAUACCGUGCGUAGGGUUAACAUUUUUGACAGUUCUUGUUUUCUAUCUACCAUCAGACUCAGGGGAAAAGAUAUCAUUAAGCAUCUCCAUAUUGGUAUCGCUCACCGUAUUUUUCCUGCUGUUGGCUGAGAUUAUACCACCAACUUCUUUGGCGAUACCACUGCUAGGGAAGUAUUUGCUGUUCACAAUGAUUUUGGUGUCGUUAAGUGUAUGGAUGACGGUCUGCGUUGUAAAUGUACAUUUCAGGUCUCCAUCAACACACACCAUGUCUCCGUGGAUGAAGAAGUUGUUCCUGCAGUUUAUGCCUAAGCUGCUUAUGAUGAGGAGGACUAAAUACUCUUUGCCAGACUACGACGAUACUUUCGUAUCAAAUGGAUACACCAACGAAUUGGAAAUGAGCCGCGACAGUCUCACCGAUGCUUUUGGUGACGCUAAGAAUAGUGACAGCGGUGACUACCGAAAGUCGCCAGCACCAGAAGAUGACAUUUUAGCUGGUAGCGCACAUCAAAGACCAUCAGUGACAGAAUCGGAGAAUAUGAUCCCGAGGCAUAUGUCUCCAGAGGUGGCUGCAGCUCUUCAAAGCGUCAGGUUUAUAGCGCAACACAUCAAGGAUGCCGACAAGGAUAAUGAGGUCGUUGAAGAUUGGAAAUUCAUGUCUAUGGUGCUGGAUCGGUUCUUCUUAUGGCUUUUCACUAUCGCCUGCUUCGUGGGCACAUUUGGUAUCAUCUUCCAGUCUCCAUCCCUUUACGACACGAGAGUCCCUGUGGAUCAGCAGAUAUCUUCCAUUCCUAUGAGAAAAAAUAAUUUCUUCUACCCAAAAGAUAUUGAAACUAUCGGCAUUGUAAGUUAA